UCGGGAGUCACUGUACUUCCGCUUCCUCUAAAGUCAGCUGAUUUAAUCGCGUGACUGUUGACAUCGCUCUUACCGAGGCCAAAACAACUUGAAAGUUACUUCUAAAAGUUCAAAUAACGGUCCUCUACGGGCUUCUGUUAUAGAAAUGGCUUCUUUGCUUUUCUGCGGUCCUAAACUGGCAGCAUGUGGACUGGUCCUGAGCAUUUGGGGUGUCGUUAUGCUGGCAAUGUUGGGGAUUUUUUUCACCACACAUUCAGCUGUGCUCAUAGAGGAUGUACCUUUCACGGAGGAAGACUUCAAGGGGGAAGCACUGCAAAACAUCUAUAAAUUGUACAACCAAGUUGGAUACAAUUGCUUCAUUGCAGCAGUACUCUAUGUAGGCAUAGGAUUCUUGUCAUUUUGUCAGGUUCGCCUGAACAAGCGCAAGGAAUAUCUAGUGCAUUAGUACCACCUAGUGAUUGGAGUAUUACUCUACCUCUAAAUUCCCUUGUGUUUGUAUGUAAUAAUGCUCCAUGUGCCUUAAAAUGACUCUUAAAUGAAUGUAGAUAAUUGGAUGGAAUAGGAUAAUGCAUUUUACUGUGAUUUUCUUUAUUGCCUUUCUAUCUUGAAGCCUAUCAAAUAUAAGAUGUGUGCUCCUGCCCAUUAUUAUUAUGUGGUACUUCAUUACUUUACCUUCUAUAGUGCUAUUUUGAUCUGUGGACCUACCAAACACUGCCGAUAAAUGAUUUAAUUGUGAUUUUAUUUAUACUUAACACACCUCUCAAAUAUACAGUCUCAUUAAGUACAUGUUCAAUGGAAUUUCACAUGGUCACAUUGGUUCUGUUUUCACAAUAAAUGACUGAAAAUGAUUUUGCCUAUGCAAUUUGUCACUAUAGGAGUGUAGACCUGGUCUCCGUAAACAUGGUUCUAAAAUUACAGACCAUUUUUUUAGAUUUAGAUUUUUUUACAACUGGAGACUUUCAAAACUUUAACUACUGAAGGUUUUA